AUGGAGCUUACCUUCGUGACCGAUCUCGGGCAGACCUUCACCGUCGAGAUCGAUCCGAACAUGGAGCUCGAGAACGUUAUGGCGCUGCUCGAGGCUGAGUCUUCGAUACCGAUUGGCGAGCAGAGCAUCCACUACGAAGGGAGAGAGCUGACGAACCAAAAGGCGACGAUGACGGAGCUUGGUGUGCACGGCGCGAACGCGAUGCUGUUGCUGAGACGGAAGGUGGCAAACGUUGAUGGCAGACCGAUCGAGCAGGACGCAGAGAUGAUGCGUCUGCAACUGCUUGGGGACCCACAACUCAUGGCGCAACUGCAAGAGACACAACCAGAGCUCGCACAAGCCGUACAAUCGAAUCCGACCCGUUUCGCAGAGCUCCUUCGACAAACACGCGAAAGGCAAUACGAAGCGGAGCUUGCACAACAGCAGGAGAUCGAGCGCCUGCACGCCGAUCCGUUCGAUGUCGAGGCGCAGCGGAAGAUCGAGGAGACGAUUAGGCAGCAGGCGGUGAUAGAGAACAUGGAGCAUGCGUUGGAGUACGCGCCAGAGUCGUUCGGGAGGGUAACGAUGCUAUAUAUUAAUGUGGAGGUCAACUCGCAUCCGAUAAAGGCCUUUGUAGAUAGUGGUGCUCAGCAAACGAUCAUGAGUCCGGAAACAGCUGAAGCUUGUGGCAUCAUGCGUCUGUUAGACACGCGAUUCGCUGGUAUUGCUCGUGGAGUUGGCACAGCGAAGAUUCUUGGUCGAGUCCACAGUGCACAAAUAAAAGUCGCGGACCUGUUCCUGCCAUGCUCGUUCACGAUCAUGGAGGGCCGCGAUGUUGAUCUCCUUCUUGGCCUGGACAUGCUGAAAGCCCACCAAGCAUGCAUUGACCUCGAAAAAAAUGUUCUCCGGAUCCAAGGCAGAGAAGUCCGGUUCCUCUCCGAACACGAACUACCAGACAAAGCACGCGACCCCCAAGAGGUUACAGGCGAAGUUCCUUCGAACGUCUCGGCCGCUGGGCCCUCAACUUCUUCUGGACCAAGCAAUCCUGGAGCAGCAGCACCCAGCUUCCCUGGAGGUGGACGAACACUUGGGUCGGCACCUGCGGGUGGUGUGCGGCCUGGCCCGUCGUCAAGACCUCAACGCACGUCGGGCAAUCACUCUGAAGAGAGUAUUCGGGUACUCAUGGACCUUGGAGCUUCGAGGGAAUUGGCGAUUAGCACACUGGACGCUGCUGGCGGGAAUGUAGAUGUUGCUGCCUCGCUCCUGUUCUGA